AUGUGGCUUGAUAACUUUUUGCUGAGUUUUGACCUCAAGGGGAUAUUCCUGUUUAUUUUUGUUUUCAUCGUAAUAGCAGACUUCCUCAAAAACAAGAACCCUCCGAAUUUUCCUCCAGGACCAUUGGGUCUUCCUUUUGUUGGAAAUUUCUUGAGUAUGGACAACAAACAUCCGCACAAAUAUUUUACCAAGCUGGCUGACAUCUAUGGGAAUGUGUUCAGCGUCCGCCUCGGCAGGGACAAGAUGGUGCUUCUGUGUGGAUACAAGAUGGUGAAAGAAGCCAUUGUAGCACAAGCCGAGAACUUUGUGGAUCGACCAUACAAUGCAGUCAGCGAAAGAUUUUACUCAGGAACCACAGAUGGUCUGUUCACAAGCAAUGGAGAAAUAUGGAAGAGACAGCGGCGCUUUGCUUUGUCUACCUUACGUACCUUUGGCCUGGGCAAAAACACCAUGGAGCAGAGUAUCUGUGAGGAGAGCCGACACCUGCAAGAGGAGAUAGAGAAGGAAAAAGGUGAACCAUUCAACCCAACAGAUCUCUUCAACAAUGCUGCGUCAAACAUCAUUUGCCAGCUGGUGAUGGGGAAACGAUUUGAAUACAGCGACCAUAAAUUCCAGAUCCUGCUGAAGUAUCUGUCCGAAGUUAUUUUUCUGGAGGGCUCGACAUGGGGUUUGCUGUAUCAGUCAUUCCCGAGAGUGAUGAAGCACUUGCCAGGUCCUCACAACAAAAUGUUCAGCUACUUCAACACACUCCAAGACUUCAUCAGCGAGGAGGUGAAGAGCCACAAGAAGGACCUGGACUACAACAAUCCCCGGGACUACAUUGACGCUUUCAUCAUUGAAAUGGAAAACCACAAAGAGACUGAGCUGGGCUUCACUGAGACCAAUCUGGCCCUGUGUUCUCUGGAUCUGUUCCUGGCUGGAACUGAGACAACCUCCAUCACUUUACGAUGGGCUUUGGUUUUCCUCAUCAAAAACCCUGAUAUCCAGGGCAAAGUCCAGGAAGAGAUAGACAGAGUCAUCGGACAGGCCCGCCAGCCCGCCAUGGCUGACAGAGCCAACCUGCCCUACACUGAUGCUGUCAUCCACGAGAUCCAGAGGGUUGGAAACAUUGUUCCUCUCAAUGGACUCAGAAUGGCCGCCAAGGACACAACACUGGGUGGUUACUUCAUACCCAAGGGUACGUCUGUGUUGCCCAACCUGACCUCUGUGCUGUUCGACAAGACUGAAUGGGAGACUCCAGACAGCUUCAACCCGGAACAUUUUCUAGAUGCUGAGGGAAAGUUUGUGAAGAAAGAGGCUCUCCUGCCUUUCUCUGCAGGGAAACGUGUGUGUCUCGGAGAAGGCCUCGCCAAGAUGGAGCUGUUCCUGUUUCUUGUUGGUUUACUACAGAAGUUCUCUUUCUCUGUUGCUGAUGGAGUUGAGCUGAGCACAGAAGGAAUUACUGGAACUACACGUGUACCACACCCCUUCAAGGUUUAUGCCAAGCUUGAGAGCCUCACCCUGCACCUGGAUGCAGCCACACGCACACUCCGCUCUCUGUCUCCCCUCUGCACGGCAAUGUGGCUUGAUAACUUUUUGCUGAGUUUUGACCUCAAGGGGAUAUUCCUGUUUAUUUUUGUUUUCAUCGUAAUAGCAGACUUCCUCAAAAACAAGAACCCUCCGAAUUUUCCUCCAGGACCAUUGGGUCUUCCUUUUGUUGGAAAUUUCUUGAGUAUGGACAACAAACAUCCGCACAAAUAUUUUACCAAGCUGGCUGACAUCUAUGGGAAUGUGUUCAGCGUCCGCCUCGGCAGGGACAAGAUGGUGCUUCUGUGUGGAUACAAGAUGGUGAAAGAAGCCAUUGUAGCACAAGCCGAGAACUUUGUGGAUCGACCAUACAGCGCAGUCAGCGAAAGAUUUUACUCAGGAAUCACAGAUGGACUGUUCAUGAGCAAUGGUGAAACAUGGAAGAGACAGCGGCGCUUUGCUUUGUCUACCUUACGUACCUUUGGCCUGGGCAAAAACACCAUGGAGCAGAGUAUCUGUGAGGAGAGCCGACACCUGCAGGAGGAGAUAGAGAAGGAAAAAGGUGAACCAUUCAACCCAACAGAUCUCUUCAACAACGCUGUCUCAAACAUCAUUUGCCAGCUGGUGAUGGGGAAACGAUUUGAAUACAGCGACCAUAAAUUCCAGACUAUGCUGAAGUAUCUGUCCGAAGUUCUUCAUCUGGAGGGCUCUACAUGGGGUCAGCUGUAUGAGUCAUUCCCGAGAGUGAUGAAGCACUUGCCAGGUCCUCACAACAAAAUGUUUAGCCAUUUCAACACACUCCAAGACUUCAUCAGUGAGGAGGUGAAGAGCCACAAGAAGGACCUGGACUACAACAAUCCCCGGGACUACAUUGACGCUUUCAUCAUUGAAAUGGAGAAUCACAAAGAGACUGAGCUGGGCUUCACUGAGACCAAUCUGGCCCUGUGUUCUCUGGAUCUGUUCCUGGCUGGAACUGAGACAACCUCCACCACUUUGCGGUGGGCUUUGGUUUUCCUCAUCAAAAACCCUGAAAUCCAGGGCAAAGUCCAGGCAGAGAUCGACAGAGUCAUCGGACAGACCCGCCAGCCCACCAUGGCUGACAGAGCCAAACUGCCCUACACUGAUGCUGUCAUCCACGAGAUCCAGAGGGUUGGAAACAUUGUUCCUCUCAAUGGACUCAGAAUGGCCGCCAAGGACACAACACUGGGUGGUUACUUCAUACCCAAGGGUACGUCUGUGUUGCCCAACCUGACCUCUGUGCUGUUCGACAAGACUGAAUGGGAGACUCCAGACAGCUUCAACCCGGAACAUUUUCUAGAUGCUGAGGGAAAGUUUGUGAAGAAAGAGGCUCUCCUGCCUUUCUCUGCAGGGAAACGUGUGUGUCUCGGAGAAGGCCUCGCCAAGAUGGAGCUGUUCCUGUUUCUUGUUGGUUUACUACAGAAGUUCUCUUUCUCUGUUGCUGAUGGAGUUGAGCUGAGCACAGAAGGAAUUACUGGAACUACACGUGUACCACACCCCUUCAAGGUUUAUGCCAAGGCUCGCUGAAUUAUGCAGCAUCUCGCUCAACUAUUUUACAGCCAACCGAUGUAUGAGAUAACAUUUAACAAAACAUUUCAGGUGAGAAAACCUUUCAGUGUCAACCUUUCACUGUUGUGUGAUAGCCUCAUGUAGCGAGGACCAAUUUAUUAUCUCUGCCUCUCCGUUUCAAAAUGUUUUUAAGUUUCUCCGACCAAGUCUAGUUGCCAAAAGGAAAAAAUACCAAGGCACUCAUUUUAAUUCAAGAAAAAGUAUUAAAAAGGCUUUAUUAAAUUACAUGGCUGAAGAAGUUAAAAAUGCUCCAACGCAUUUCGGCUGGGAGCCUUCGUCAGGGAGUGUGAAGUCUGGUUGCCCUUUGAUCAUACAUCCUUCCACUUUCCAAUAA